AACCCAUCUCACGCCAGCGCGCUGUUUCACUGCACAGCUCAAUGCUCCCUCGAUAACGGUCCAGCUCCACCGAGCUUUUCGCAACCAUGCUCGGCCUAGCCUUCACGGCCACGCGCACGCAAAUUGCGUCGUACCUCUUCGGCGUCGCGCUCUUUAGCAUCGCCUUUCUCGUGUUCCUGAACAGCAGCAUCAGCUUCGUUAUCACGCAGCGCAUCGGGCAGAGCAAGAAUGUCGGCGGCGCGGUCGGCACGCUGGGAUUCGUGGAUGAGCUGGUCGCGCUGGUCGCGUGUCCAGUUUGGGGCCUGCUGAGCGACAGAAUUGGCGUGCGAGCUGUUGCUGUUACGGGAUACGUGGUUGUGGGCGUGAGCCUGUGGGUGCUGGUCCAGGCCAGGAACGUCUAUCCAGAAUUGCUUUUGGCGCGGGUGCUGUUUAGUCUGGGAGGCAGCGCGACUGCGACUAUGGUCACUGCGAUACUGCCGACCAUGACGGUUGUCAAAGAGGUCAAGCCGGACCCGAGGAGCCCAACGCUGAGGCGCGUCGUCAACGGCAGCCGCCAUGCUGUCGCCGCAUCCAUUUCCUCCGAACUUACUAUCACACCCGACCGCUUCCGCUCGAGCUCACAAGAACCAGGCGGUGGUGCCGCGACAAAGGGUACAGGCGCGACUACGUCUCAGCUCGCAGGAUUGGUCGGCAUGUUCACAGGCUGUGGCGCGCUGGUAGCUCUGCUCGUCUUCCUGCCCCUGCCUACGCGCUUCCAGCAGGCUGGAGAGAGCCCCGCUGCUGCCGUCGCGGCCGCCUUUUACAUUGUGGGCACAAUUGCAAUCCUUGUAGCCAUUGGCUGCUUCUUCGGCCUGCGUCAAUUGCCUGGUGAGGACGAGAAGGGGUGGCGACGACUCACUACCAAUGAUGGGCAGAAGAGCACGGAGCGUGCGCGCAACCUGAUCCUUUCGUACCCGUUCACCUUCCUCGAGAGCAUUCGCCUGGGAUACAAGUCCCCUCUGAUAGGCCUGGGCUACGUGGGCGGUUUUGUUGCACGUGCGUCGUCGGUCGCCAUCUCGCUCUUCAUUCCACUCUUCACAAACCACUACUUCCUCCAGACCGGCGAAUGCGUAGUCGACCCCUCGAAUCCUUCCGACAUCAAGCAUGCCUGCCCACAGGCCUACAAGCUGGCCGCUAUGUUGACCGGCAUAAGCCAACUUAUCGCUCUCAUGUGCGCCCCGGUCUUCGGCUAUCUUUCAGGUAAAUACCCAAAAUACAACAUCCCUCUGCUUCUCGCAGCUGCAUCGGGCAUUGCAGGCUACGUCAUGUUUGGAUCUCUCGUCAGUCCCGACUACAAGAGCGAGGAUGGAACAGGCGCUGUCUUCAUUAUUGUCGCACUUCUCGGCAUUAGUCAGAUUGGUGCUAUCGUUUGUUCUCUGGCCCUGCUCGGUCGUGGUAUCAACAAUGACGAGCCCAGCAUGAAUGAGUCAGAAUUGGACUCCAAUGCAAGCUAUCAUCCUUCCGCAGGCGCGACACCGCCUACGAGCGAGCCCAUUACACCCGUCCACGAAGAAGAGCCUUUGCUGCCACAGGAGCAGAGCUACAGUAUCCGCAGGCCCGUCUCGCCCCCAGAGUCCACGUCAUACAACGACAUGAAGGGCACGAUAGCUGGCACAUACAGCUUGCUUGGCGGAUUUGGUAUUUUGCUGCUCACAAAAGCGGGAGGUGCAUUAUUUGACAGUGCGGGGCCAGGAAGCCCGUUCUACAUGAUGGCGGCAUUCAAUGCAAUGCUGCUCACCGUGGGUGUAUUUGUAGCCAUUAAGCAAGGGUGUGCUUGGUUAAAUCUGCAAUAUACCCAAUCCUUGAGUCACGUGUUCACAGUGCUGGAAGCCGAACCUCGAUCAAGCUCCUUGUCUACAUAUUUCCUUUGCUCCGGGCUUAGGUACAAAGUUUGGCAACCUGCCUUCUGGGAAUGGGAGUACAAGUAUCGAGACUCCCUUGCAUCUCGACUUCGCGCCUGCCCCAUCUUCCCCCACGGUUACUCGCCAUCGCUUCUGAUUUCUGCCCGAGGAUCUGCUGCACAUCUCGCAUAUCCCAAACAAACAGAAAUCAACAUGUCGUUCGACACCGAAGUCCUCAUCAUCGGCGCCGGCAUGUCCGGGCUCGGGCUCGCCGUGCAAAUGAUCCGGCAAUACGGCGUCCGCGACUUCGAACUCAUCGAGAAGAGUGACGAUGUGGGCGGCACGUGGUUGCAGAACACGUACCCUGGCUGUGGCUGCGACGUUGCGAGCCACUUCUACUCGUAUAGUUUCGCGCUGAACCCGGACUGGAGCCGCAAGUAUUCGAUGCGCGAGGAGAUUCAGCGGUACUUCAGAGACGUAAGCGAUCAGUAUCGUGUCACGGAAAGAGUGAGGUUCCAUUCGAUUGUGGAGAAGGCGGCGUGGGAUGAGCAGGAGAAGGUUUGGGUGGUCAAUGUGCUGGAUCUUAAGACUAAGGAGAGAAGUGUCAGGCGGGCAAAGGUCUUAGUCAGUGGCGUGGGGAGCUUGAGCGUACCGAAGGAGUGUGAUCUUGAGGGUAAAGAGACAUUCAAAGGGAAGAUGUUCCACUCAGCCAAGUGGGAUCACAGCUUCGAUUGGAGUGGAAAAGAUGUUGUUGUCUUGGGUAAUGGCUGCUCAGCUACUCAAUUCGUCCCCAUUAUGGCCGGCGAAGUUGGUGACAAGUCUCCUGUCCGCAAGCUUACACAAUUCGCCCGACAAGCACAGUACCUCUCCGAACGUGAGAACCCCUACUACUCACCCACUUUCAGAGCUGUCAUGCGCUACGUCCCGUUGGCGAUGCGCCUGUACCGUGCUAAGCACUACUACGACAUGGAAGCCGAUUGGUCUGGUUUUCCGAUCGAUAGCGGAGCUGCAAUUCGCUCAGGAUUGGCGAAGGAGAACGAAGCGUAUGUGAAGCGCACUGCGCCAAAGAAGUAUUGGGAUGCGCUCAUCCCCAAGAGCGAAAUUGGAUGCAAGAGGAAGGUACUGGACACAGAGUACCUGAAGUGUUUGUGGAGGGACAACAUCGACCUGAUCCCAGAUGACCCAGUCCAAAGAAUUACAGAAGAUGGAGUUCUCACUAAAUCGGGGCGCGAGAUUCAUGCUGAUGCGAUUGUACUGGCGACUGGGUUUGCGACACAGCAAAUGCUUUGCCCGAUGGAGAUCGCUGGAAGAGACGGACUGCAGCUAAACGACUAUUGGGAAUCUAAAACCCAAGGUGUUGCGCAAGCCUACUUCGGCACUGUGGUCCCCAACUUCCCCAACUUCUUCGUCCUCAUGGGGCCUAACACUGUCACUGGCCACCUCAGCGUCAUCUACACCGUCGAGUGCCAGAUCAACUUCACUCUGCGCCUACUAGAGCCUAUCCUGAAGUCGCUACCCUCAUAUCAAUCCCAGUCUCUCAUCCCCUCCAUCCUCCCCGGACCAGCUCCUGCCACUAUCGAAGUCCGCCCCGAGGCCGCGAUGCAAGACUUUGAGUGGACGCAGCGCGAAGCCAAGAAGCUCGUAUGGUCGAGCGGAUGCACAAAUUGGGCUAUCGAUCCCAAAACUGGACUCAACAACAUGAUGUACCCUGAUUGGCAGUUCAUGUACUGGUUCCGCAGUGUGUUCUGGAGAAAGCAAGACUUUGUGUUCAGAGAUGGGGCGUCGAAGGUCGUGGAGCCCGGGAGGACGAGGAAAUGGUUGCUCAGAUUACUGACAGCCGGUGCGUUCGUGGGCGUCUUCGUGGGAAAGGACUGGCUGCGUGAUGAGCUGCCGCGCCGGUUGAGGGAAUUCGACGGAAAGGCAGCGAUUAGAAGCUUGACGGCCGGUCGUGCUUGAGGGCCAUAGACGCAACCACAUGCUGUAAUAGAGGGGCAGAUAAUAAUCUCUCAAUUCA